AAGAAGGUUGAGAAAAGGAGAAAAAUAACCUCAAAAAACACCAAAUAACAAGAAAAGGAAGACAGGAAACCAACCAAACGAUACACUGGGAGAAAGACAAAGGUUUAAAGAUUAACAGGAAGCAAUAUCAAGCGUCAAAGAUCAACAGAAGAAGAGGAAGAGGAAGAAGAAGAAGAGGAAGCAAUGGCUCGCGUGUAGGCAGUGAAGCAGCCAUGACGGUAACCUGACCUGAGCCAUGACAGUCCUUCGUGGGUCCUGCCGGUCAUGGAGUAUCCUGAGGGUCCUUCAUACCCGGCGGGGGCUGACCACAGGGACGCGGCUCUAUGAUAAGACGGACGUCAAGGCGGAGUUCAGCAAUGGCCGAUCACUACGUCUCGAGUCCGGGGGUUAUGCCAGGCUGGCCGACGGCGCUGUGGUGGCCACGCUGGGGGACACAUCGGUUCUCAUCACGGCCGUCAGCAAGGCUCGGCCCGGCCCUUCACCUGGCUUCAUGCCGCUGACCGUGGACUACCGACAGAAGUACGCCGCCGCUGGACGCAUCCCCUCCAACUUCCUCCGACGGGAACUGGCGCCCACCGACAAGGAGAUUCUGACGGGCCGUGUGAUUGACCGCUCAGUGAGGCCCCUGUUCCCCGAGGGUUACUAUGGCGACACGCAGCUCUCCUGUCAACUCCUGGCGGUGGACGGAUUGCACGAGCCGGAUGUUGUCAGUAUUAAUGCAGCCUCAGCAGCCUUGGCAGUGUCGGACAUCCCAUGGGAGGGGCCGGUGGGGGCUGUGCGUGUGGGGCUGAUCGAUGGGGAGGUGAUCGUUCAGCCCACACGUCGGGAACUGUCCAAGAGCGCCCUGAACUUGGUGGUGACAGCAGCGGAUCGCAAGCUUAUUGUGAUGCUUGAGGGCGGCGCAAACAACGUACUGCAACAGGACCUCAUGAAGGCGAUCAAGACGGGCGUGAAGGAGUGCCAGGUGGUGGUGCGGGCCAUACAACAGCUGGCAAAGGACGUCGGCAAGCCCAAACGCCCCUUCACCAACACCUCGGCCGUCCCACAAGAGGUCCUGCAGGCUGUGAGCACCCUCAGCAUCACCAGACUCCGCAGCAUCUUCACAGACUUCUCGCACCACAAGCUGUCCCGCGAUGAGGCCGUCAAUGCGCUGCGGAUGGACGUGACGCAGAAGGCGGUGGAGGGCGGGGUGGCGGCCGACGCACAGACCGCCCACCUCGCCUUCUCACAGGUCACGCGGCAGGUGUUUCGGGACCUGGUGCUUGACGAGGGGGUCAGGUGUGACGGGCGUGGGCUGGAGGAGCUGCGGAUGAUAUCAUGUGACGUGGAUUUGUUUCGGCCCCUGCACGGCUCAUCCCUCUUCCAGCGCGGGCAGACUCAAGUGCAGUGUACCGUGGCCUUUGAUGCCCCAGAGAACAUACCCAAACUUGACCCACUGCUGGAAGCGACGGGAGGACAUCGCGACCGUAACUUCAUCCUGCACUACACAUUCCCUUCCUUCGCCACCAACGAGGUGUCCCGCGGCGGCCCAGUGUCCCGGCGAGAGGUGGGACACGGGGCCUUGGCAGAGCGAGCCCUCAGACCCCUCGUGCCUCCCAACUACCCCUUUGCUAUACUCCUGACGUCCACAGUGCUGGAGUCCAAUGGAUCGUCUUCCAUGGCAUCGGUGUGUGGGGGCAGCCUGGCGCUUAUGGAUGCUGGGGUAAACAUGAUGGCACCAGCAGCGGGCGUGGCGGUGGGCUUAGUGACGCGGUAUGACGAUUCUGGCGACCUGGUGGACUACAAGCUGCUGACUGACAUCCUGGGCAUUGAGGACUAUAUGGGCGACAUGGACUUCAAAUUUGCCGGGACAUCCAAGGGAAUCACGGCACUCCAAGCAGACAUCAAGGUCCCCGGGAUUCCUCUGAAGGUGGUGAUGGAGGCGAUACAGCAGGCGACGGAGGCCAAGAGUGCCGUGCUGUCCAUCAUGGGGGGCACUCUGACCCACCCCCGCCCCCAGAAGGACACGCUCCCCGUCAUCGAGAAGCUGGAUGUCCCCGCCCACAAGAGGAGUCGGGUGAUGGGUCCCGGCGGAGUGCACAUCAGGAGGAUACAGGCGGAGGCGGGGGUACAGCUGUCAUGGGAAGGGGAUGCCGUGCUGUCAGUGUUUGCGCCGAACCCUGCAGCCAUGGAGGAGGCGCGGGAGUCUCUCCAAGAGCUCCUGAGCGACCAGGAACCGAAUCUUGAGUUUGGGGCCGUGUACAGCGCCUCGGUGGUGGAGCUGCGGCCACAGGGAGUCAUGGUCACCCUCUACCCUGGGAUGGCGCCGGUGCUGCUCCACAACUCCCAGCUGGACACACGGAAGGUGCAUCACCCAAGUGCCCUGGGCCUGGAGGUGGGCCAAGAGAUCAAGGUGAAGUAUUUCGGCCGUGACCCAGCGUCGGGCCAGAUGAGGCUGUCCAGGAGGGCCUUGCAAACCACCACCCUGGCCAUGAAGAACCUCCACAGGACAGCACCAGUGUGAGGCAGCUGGGAUGACUGAGACCCAUGUGCUAUCUAUAAGGACCUACUCUGCUUAAGUCUGUUAAUAAAUAUUUCACAGUAAA